GAGAGACAGAGAGAGGGGGGGGGGUCUGUCAGCUUGUCGCACACGUGCUUCUACUGCAGUAGACACUUGGGGUCUGAUGCUUCGUAAACAGAAGUUGGAGUUAUUACAUUGACAAUAAAUUACGGAGAUUAUUCACCUUUUGCGACAGCGUUUUCCUCUUAUCCGCUAAAGCUGUCUCCACAUGCCAUUAUGAAGUACAUUCUGGUUACUGGCGGUGUCAUAUCUGGUAUUGGCAAAGGGAUCAUUGCAAGCAGCGUGGGAACAAUCCUCAAGUCCUGCGGCCUUCACGUGACAGCCAUCAAAAUAGACCCAUAUAUCAAUAUUGAUGCUGGAACCUUCUCACCUUAUGAACAUGGUGAAGUUUUUGUUCUUGAUGAUGGAGGGGAGGUGGAUUUAGAUUUGGGGAACUAUGAGCGUUUCUUGGACAUCCGCCUUAUCAAAGACAACAACAUCACCACUGGAAAGAUCUACCAGUCAGUCAUCACCAAGGAGAGGAGGGGAGACUACCUGGGCAAGACUGUGCAGGUGGUACCCCACAUCACAGAUGCCAUUCAGGAGUGGGUGAUGAAGCAGGCCAGGAUCUCAGUAGAUGAUGAUGGUGUGGAGCCACAAGUUUGUGUCAUAGAGCUGGGAGGAACAGUGGGGGACAUUGAGAGUAUGCCCUUCAUUGAGGCCUUCAGACAGUUCCAGUUCAAGGUGAAGAGGGAGAACUUCUGCAACAUCCACGUCAGCCUGGUGCCACAGCCCAGUGCCACAGGAGAGCAGAAAACCAAACCGACCCAGAACAGUGUCAGAGAGCUCAGGGGGCUGGGCUUGUCUCCAGAUUUGAUUAUGUGCCGUUGUUCAACGCCUCUGGAAACAGCUGUGAAAGAGAAGAUCUCCAUGUUCUGUCACGUGGAGCCCACACAGGUUAUCUGUGUCCAUGAUGUGUCUUCAGUGUACAGAGUUCCCCUGCUGCUCGAGGACCAGGGCCUUGUCAGUUACUUCUGUGAGCGUUUACACCUGCCUGUCGAGAUGAGACCCAGAAGAAUGCUCACAAAGUGGAAGGAGAUGUCGGACAGAUCUGACCGUCUUCUGGAGAGUGUUUCCAUCGCUCUUGUGGGGAAAUACACAAAGUUAUCUGACUCGUACACUUCAGUUAUCAAGGCCCUAGAGCACUCAGCCCUCGCCAUCAACCACAAACUAAAAGUCAAGUACAUAGACUCUGCAGACCUGGAGACCACCACUCUGCAAGACGAGCCAGUGAAAUAUCACGAGGCCUGGCAGAAGCUCUGCAGUUCAAAUGGUGUGUUGGUACCAGGAGGGUUCGGCGUGAGAGGGACCGAAGGGAAAAUUCUGGCUAUCAGCUGGGCGAGAAAACAGAACAAGCCGUUCCUGGGGGUGUGUUUGGGCAUGCAGCUGGCAGUGUGCGAGUUUGCCCGCAAUGUUCUUGGAUGGGAAGAUGCCAACUCCACAGAAUUUAAUCCGGACUCCAAACACCCAGUGGUGAUUGACAUGCCCGAGCACAACCAAGGGCAGAUGGGUGGGACUAUGAGGCUAGGGAAGAGGCGGACUAUUUUCAAAUCCAACACCAGUGUACUGAGAAAACUGUACGGAGAUGUGGAGUAUGUUGACGAGAGACACAGACACAGAUUUGAGGUGAACCCCGAGCUGAAGCACCACUUUGAAAAAAAGGGUUUUCAUUUUGUCGGGCAGGACGUGGAAGGAGAGAGAAUGGAGGUCAUUGAAAUGGAGGAUCAUUGUUACUUUGUUGGGGUCCAGUACCAUCCCGAGUUCACCUCGAGGCCCAUCAAACCCUCUCCUCCGUACUUUGGUCUCCUUCUGGCUGCUGCUGGAAAACUCCAGAGCUACCUGACCAAGGGCUGCCGCCUCUCUCCUCGGGACACUUACAGCGACCGCAGCGGCAGCAGCUCUCCUGAAGCAGACUUCCCCGAGCUCAAGUUCCCCUCUUUGUCCUCAGACUAAAGCGCAUGUGGCUGGUUGUUGUGUUUGUGUCAUUCAUGCAGAGAAAUGCAAAAAAGAAAAAAAGCCUGAUCAGCCCUAAACUGACGCUGCAAACUCAGCAUUUUUAUCACCCUGUUUUUAAACUCUGUUUGGUACAAGAUGAUGAUCAUUUAGUUAAGUAUGCAAUGAGAUGUAAAGGUAAAGGGAAGUUUUGCUGUCAUUAUCUGGAGCUUCACAGUUGAUUCUUUAAAAAAAAAAAAAAAAAAAGCUUAUUAUUUUGAAUUGUGUGAAAAGAUGUGGAAGAAUAUGUCCUUUAAAUAUUUAAAGCAACAGUUACAACAGUUUGGGUUGGAGUUAGGGUCUGUACAAUCAGAGCACCUGAUAGGACACGUCCCAUCCUUGUAUUGGUAAAGUGUUACCUGUGUGUCCAACAUUUAGCCACAUUAAUGAUACAUUUACCUCUUUAGUUCGUGUCUGUCUUAAAGUUUUGUUUCAAUGUUUUUCUUUUUUCCAGGAUUAACUUGUUAAGAUGUAACAUUCAAUCAGGGUCAGUACACAGUCAUCACUACAGCUGUGCUUGUGUUUUUGUGGGUAUAUAUGCAUUUUUUCUGGUUGAAAUAAAGUGUUUUAUUUAAAUAUCGGCCAUAGACUUAUUGCAUUUUUGCAUGGAAGUUGUAAUAUUUAAACAUGCACACUUUGUCUUCUUUUUUUUUAUAGCUCACCAGUUCAGGGUUGAAUGACUUUCAUGUUCAGGACCUCUUGCGUCCUGGCAUCAACAAUCACUGUUUUUUUCACCUUGAAUGACUUUUGGAUCAAGCUGAUGCAGAGUCAGCUGAUGAGUAAUUCAAUUUUCACUUGAGACAACAGUAUUCACUCAGAGAGAAGAGUGGUGAAAGAGUAACAAUGUUUUAAAGUGAAACAAAAACCUGUAUGUGAUCUUAAAACCAUAAGCAGCAGCCGGCUGUGAAUGAUGAGCAUCAAGCUUCUGAGUUACAUUAUCACUUGUGAUCUUGUCAAAUAGAGUGGUGUUCAUUCCACACUGUUAUGGCUAUAAAUGUUACAGAUGCCUUCAUGCUUUGUGGCCCACCUGUAUGAAAAAACGUCAUAUUUUACAGAUGUACAGAUGCAUGUGUAAUGUGUUCCUUCUGAAUAAAUCUAUUUUUAUUGUGCUUGAUAA